CUUUGACAGGACGCGAAGGGUUCUAAAAUUCGCCAUGGAGGCCGCCAUGUUUUCUGUCUCCACUGAGCCGGAAGUGUCGUCAAAACAUAAAAGAAGCAGCGCACCUAUUGGCAGGGAAUGAGACGUAAAAAUGUUGUGUAAACGAGAUGCGGGCAGCAGUGUGAUCAUAUGGUGAUCACGUGACCAGCGCAGGGGCCCAGCAGCAUCAGAAGCAGAGCCAGCAGCGCUAAAAACACUCUCAUCUGACACCCUCCGACACAGGAAUCCCCGACGCUGAUUGGCCGGAGGCUCCACUGAUGCGAUGACGUCACAGGCGGAGCCGGCGCUCCCGCGCUGGAGGAGCUGACACGCGCGCGCGCUCCUGCCAUGAGCACGCGGAGAGGCGCGUUUCACCGUCAGUGACGUCAGGGACCUCGGAGUGAUGUCAUCACCCCGCCAGCGCCAAGCAGGAGAAAGUUUCCCGUGAGCCGGAUAUUCUGGCCGUGUUUGCUCUUCGCAGGUGAUUUCCUCCCUCAGAUAAUCUGCAGCUGCUCCUCACGCCUGUCAGCAUGACUUAUGUGCCCUGCUAGUCACAGUUAUAUGCAGAUCUGCGGACGCUUUCGGAGGGGUUGCGAACUGACAGCCGCUCUCACCUGGACCCCAAGGACCCGCCGGUGAGCCGGGUGACUGUGUGGAUUUGCGUGGGCUGGUGUGCGGAGGCAUGUUUGCGGCGGUGGAGCACGGGCCCGUCCUGUGCAGCGACUCCAACAUCCUGUGCCUGUCCUGGAAGGGCCGCGUGCCGCGCAGCCAGAAGGAGAAGCCGGUGUGUCGGCGACGGUACUGCGAGGAGGGCUGGCUGGCCACGGGGAACGGCAGAGGGGUGGUGGGAGUCACCUUCACCUCCAGCCACUGCAGGAGGGACCGAAACACUCCACAGCGCAUCAACUUCAACCUCAGGGGACACAACAGUGAGGUGGUGCUGGUGCGCUGGAACGAGCCCUUCCAGAAGCUGGCGACCUGCGAUACUGACGGUGGGAUCUUCGUCUGGAUUCAGUAUGAGGGGCGCUGGUCGGUGGAGCUGGUCAAUGAUCGCGGAGCUCAGGUGAGCGACUUCACCUGGUCUCAUGAUGGGACGCAGGCUCUGAUCUCGUACCGUGAUGGUUUCGUGUUGGUGGGUUCGGUGAGCGGUCAGCGCCACUGGUCCUCCGAGAUCAACCUUGAGAGUCAGAUCACCUGCGGCAUCUGGACGCCCGACGACCAGCAGGUGUUGUUUGGCACUGCAGACGGGCAGGUGAUCGUGAUGGACUGCCACGGCCGCAUGUUGGCUCAUAUUCUGCUCCAUGAGGCCGAGGGCAUCGCCAGCAUGGCCUGGAACUAUCCCAGCUUCCUGGUGGAGGACAGCAGCGAGAGCGACUCCGAUUCAGACGACAGCACGCCUCCGCAGGUGCACACCCUGAAGCCGCUGCUGACCGUCUGCUUCACGUCCGGAGACAUCAGUUUGAUGAGCAAUUAUGAUGACCUUUCACCUCUGCUGAUACGCACGGGCCUCAAAGAUGUGGUGGUGCAGUGGUCUUCCCAGGGGGAUCUGCUGGCUGUCGCAGGGAUGGAGAGACUCGUGACUUCCGACCCCACACAGGCCACCCGAAACGCCAUUGUAAAGUUUUACAAUGUUCGCGGGGAGCACAUUUACUCACUGGAAACACCUGCUCAGAGGCCGAUCAGUACGCUGUGCUGGGGCCACCGGGACUCGCGUGUGUUUCUGGCCUGCGGGCCGGCGCUGUAUGUGCUGCGGGUCGAGCACAGAGUCUCCAGCCUGCAGCUUCUGUGCCAACAGGCCAUCGCCAGUGCCGUACACGAGGAGAAAGAUCUGGCCAAGCUCAGCAUGCCCUCCCGCCUCAGCACAUAUGUGUCUUCUGCCUUCGCUCCCACUAUUAAGCCUCCAAUCCCAGAUCCCAACAACAUGCGGGACUUUGUUAGCUAUCCGACGUCAGGUAAUGAGCGUCUGCACUGCACCAUGAAGCGAACGGAGGACAACCCUGAGGUCGGCGGUCCAUGCUACACCUUAUACCUGGAGUAUCUGGGAGGACUCGUUCCUAUUCUGAAAGGCCGUAGGAUAAGCAAACUUCGUCCUGAAUUUGUCAUCAUGGACCCGAAGACUGAUGGGAAAACAGAUGAAGUGUAUGGGAACAGCUUCAUCCCCUCCAUGAUUGACAGCUGCAAUUGCUCAGAUUCAAGUGACAUUGAGCUCAAUGAUGAUUGGGUAGGAAAGAAAUCACCAAAGAUCUCCAGAGGGAGCAAGUCUCCCAAACUUCCCAGAGACUUAGUGUGUCCCUUUACCAACAGGAUAAAUAUAGAUCCUCGCAAGUCCCCCAAGCUGUCCCGCACCACACAGGAAAUAUCCCGAUCGCCACGGUUACCCAUUCGCAAGCCCUCUAUUGGCUCUCCAAGUCUGACUCGCAGAGAGUUCCCACUUGAUGACAUCACACAGCACAAUUACCUUGCGCAAGUUACAUCUAACAUAUGGGGAACAAAGUUCAAAAUUGUGGGACUUGCAGCAUUUUUGCCAACAAAUCUUGGUGCAGUUAUCUACAAGACAAGUCUGCUUCACCUCCAGCCCAGACAGAUGACCAUCUACCUCCCUGAGGUGAGGAAGAUCUCGGUGGAAUACAUUAACCUUCCUAUGUUCAGUCCUAAUGUCUUCAGUGAGGACGAGGACGACCUGCCUGUCACAGGAGCUUCAGGAAUCACUGAUGAUAAUCCACCUUGCACUGUUAACAUACCCAUUGCCCCCAUACACAGCCCUGCCCAAGCCAUGUCCCCAACUCAAAGCAUUGGCCUAGUCCAAUCCCUACUAGCCAAUCAGAAUGUCCAGUUAGACGUAUUGUCCAACCCAACAUCGACUGUGGCUCCUCCUGGGGUGUCUGAUCAAGGACAGCAUGACACUGUGCUUACGGCACAAUACACUGUUCCUGCCAGGUAUUCUAGUCCUGGUCAGGUAAUCUUCGGAGGUAUGGAUGUUGGUCGGCUUUUAGUUGCACAGUCCCAACAGCAGCAGCAGCAAUCACAACAACAUCAGCAGCUGCAACAGCAUUAUCAGCAACAGCAGCUACAGCAACAGCUGCAACAAUAUCAGCUGCAGCAGCAACAGCUGUUGCAGCAUCAGCACAUGCAGCAACAGCAGCAGCAACACAUGCAGCAGCAGAUCCAACAGAUGCAGCAACAGCAGCAGAUGCAGCAACAGCUUCAGCAUCAAAUACAGCAGCAGCAUCUGCAAAUGCAACUGCAGCUACAGCACCAGCAAAUGCAGCAGCAGUUGCAACAGCAGCAUCAGAUGCAAAUCCCUGUUCCAACUUUGCCCUCAGGUCAACCAUCAUGCCCAGUCAUUCAGCUUCCACAAAGUACAAUACCAGUCGCUGCCCCUACUGCAGAGCACAGCACAGAGCGCGGGGAGCAUGAGCUCCUGCUUAAAAUUAAAACCACUCGUUCUGCCCCACAACUAGCUGAAGGUGAUGCAGUGGUUUUUACAGCACCUCUUGAGAUUAGCAAAAUGAACCCGCCCCCUCCUUACCCUGGCACAGUCGCCGCUGCAGUGGCAGCUGCUACUGCUGCAGUUUCGGCUGCUGCUUCUGCAAGUUCCACCUCUGGGGCAGUGGGAAGCAGCUCUAGCACGUCAUCCUCAGGGGAAGUUUGUCUGAAGAAAGGGGAUCUGACCUUGUAUCCACCUAGUGCACAAGGGGCUCAGUACCCAACUCCAUUGGGCUAUGAACGCAUCACCACAUUUGACAGCAGUGGAAAUGUGGAAGAGGUGUGCCGACCCCGCACACGACUUGUUUGCAACCAGAAUGUUUACACGCUGCAGGGCCCAGGAAGCUCUGCCACCCUCAGGGUCUCAUCAUCUUCCUCUGCUGUAGAGGGGAAGAAGGUGCAGCUGCCCUAUGCCUCUGCUACGUUGAACCGUCUCACUGUGCCAAGGUACUCUAUACCCAGUGGGGACCCUCCUCCAUACCCUGAUACAGCUAACCAGGGCGGAGCAGGGCGCAACCCUGGCCAGAGACUGGACAGCAGCUUGAUUCAUGCUACCUUGAGGCGCAACAGUCGGGAAGCUGCAUUGAAGGUUUCCCAAAUGCUGGAUCACCAGCGGACUUUACCCCCCAAGGCUAAAGCCAGUACUUUGUCUGCUUCCUAUCAACCAAGAGGGCCGACAGCUCUUUAUACAUGCAGUCAGUGCAGUAGCAACAGUAGUGGAACCACAAGCAGUGGAAGUAACGGAAUAGCUGGGGGCACAAUCAUUAGGCAAGAUUUCCCACCAACUGGGGGUGCUGCACCUCAUAGCACUGUUAUAGUGCACUCCAACAGUGCCUCGCCUCUGCCUUCUCAAUCCUCCUACAGUCUGCUCAGUCUGGAUGGCACCGGUGGAGUGGCUACUGGAGCUGGAAACAGGGAAAGAGCUGACUAUAUCAACUCAGCUUUUACAGAGGACGAGGCAUUGAAUCAGUCUCUGAGGCAAAUGGCCCUUAAUACCGAGGUAGUGGGUUUGACAGUCAAACGGCCUCCACCGUAUCAAUGGGACCCAUCUGUUACAGAAGAGAUUUGGGUUCCUCAAGAGCGCACAGCGACUCUGCCCCCUUCUGGACCUCCUGCACCUCACAAACCUCCUCCGCUCAUCCUCGGUCCUGCACAGCAUCUGGACGUUUCUCGUCUUCCGUUUGUCCUCUCACCUAAAUCUCCAACAAGUCCUAACAACACCACUUUUCCACUAGCAGGAGCUUAUCAGAUUGCAUUGCCCUAUCCAUCAAGUGCUGCAUACAGUAGUCCCCCACUGCAGGCAGUGCAAGCAUCUCCACGGCCGCCUUCUCCUAAAGAGGCGGUUGCUCCACUUUCCUUUCCCCAGCAAGACCAGUCAGUGGUCUUGCCUCCUGGUUAUCCACCAAAUUUGCCCAACCUGGCUUGCUGUCCCCUCCCACCAAUGUACCCUGGCACAGCUUCUUGUUCUAGCCUGCCUGUAACCGCCAUUCCUCUUCAUCCAUGGGGUUCUUACAAUCCCUGUCCCCCCAUGCCAAGCCCCCCGGGUCCCGCCCCAUCUCUCCCACCCAAGGCCUCCCACAUGCUGGAUAAACCUGUUCGUUCUCCACCUCCUCAACCGCCGCCUUUGCCUUCGCCUCCCCCAGACCUCCAGACUGCGGUCAGUCCCCCAGAAGCAAUAGCUGAAGCCGGGGAAGGCUUUCAAGAGGUGCUCUCGCUUAACGAAAGCCCUGUUCCUCAACGAGCAGACAGGUUUGGCAAGAAGAAUCGAAAGCGUUUGGACAACACUCGGGCAGAUGAAGCUAAUGUUCCAGCAAUCACAGAGGGAGGCAACAAGUCCAAAAAAGAGGGCCGUGCCCUUGGGGACUUCAACUCCCUCAUCUCCAGUCCGAGGUUAGGUGGGAGAGAUAAAAAGAAACCUAAAGGUCAAAAAGAGCAGCUGAAAGCCAAAAAGCUAAGCAAGGCCACCACAAAUGAGUUCCAGGACAGCUCAGAGAGCGAGCCUGAGCUCUUUAUCAGUGGAGAUGAGCUGAUGAACCAGAGCCAGAGUGGGAAGAAGAGUUGGAAAGCCAAAAGGAACCUGCGGGCAGGAGGUUGUGAGCUGGAUGAGAUCAAAUGUCGAAAAGCGAAUGAGAAAGAGGACCGAGGCCUCGGCAGCCAGGGCUUCGUCUACAUCAUGGCCAACAAACAGCCUCUCUGGAAUGAAGCCACGCAGGUCUACCAGCUAGACUUUGGAGGGAGAGUCACACAGGAAUCAGCAAAGAACUUCCAGAUUGAGCUUGAGGGGAGACAGGUGAUGCAGUUCGGAAGGAUCGACGGGAACGCAUAUAUCCUGGACUUUCAGUACCCCUUCUCAGCUGUGCAAGCUUUUGCUGUAGCACUUGCUAAUGUCACCCAGCGCCUCAAGUGAUCGACUGGGCAGGAACGUUUUAGCCAAUUAAACCAUUUCUUUCUUUGCUCUUUUGUUGAUUUUUAGUAAUUCUCCCAGUUAAAGAUGCAGUACUAAUACUUGAAAACUACAUCUGGGAAGUUAUUGCCACAUUUUCCGAGUGUUAGAGGUACUACUGGGCACUGAAAUCUAUUGCUGUACAACAUACUGUCAUUACUAAUUCCUUUUUCUUGUUUUGCUUAGGAUACUAAUGUUUGUCACACUUCCAGGAGGUCAUAUCUAAACUCCAGGGACUUUACCCUUGGAGAUCAAUUGCUAGCAUCUAAUUAGAUGCUUCUUGGCUUGCAGUCAUAACGUGUAUUUUAAUAAGACAUAGUAAGACUGAAUAUGCAGUCUGUAGCUGAUACGCUCUAGGUAUUUCUGUAAGGAUGGACUUGCUUUGGUAGACAGAAAACCGAAUAAGCUCAACGGUGAAACCAUUGAUGCAGUAUUCAUUAGCACUCUUGAUGUUUUUAGUGAAUAAUCAAUCCUGAUGAUCCAUGAUUUCAUGUUUGUUCCUUUCUUUGCUAGUCACUAUUGUUCAUCCGCUCUUUUUGUUUUUUAGCACACCCCGCAUGUGUCAUUUUAUAUUUGACGAACACGUUAUUUUUAUCGUCGUGUACAUCCUUUCUAAUUGUACAUCUCUGUCCUUCUGAGAAAUCAGAAGGUAAGAUUAGCCAAUCAGAGCUCGCAUCCCACUCCUCCUAAAAUGAAGUGACUGCCCCCUGCUGACGCUUCUGUGAAGUGAUUUCGUGUAAUGGCUCUCAAGCCACAUUUAGUCCACCUCAACAUGAGCAAACAGGAGAUAUUUUUCUACCGUGUUUCAACAGUGUCAUUUCAUACCUUUUAUUUUUGGAUAACGACGUAUUUGUGCGACACCUUUUGUUAUCAGUGCUAAGAAUAUCACAGUGUUAGAGUUCACAUAGAAAUUCAGCAGUAGGUUCGUGAGGAACAGCAAUGAUUGAUAAAUGUAGUUGAAGACUAAAUUAAUAGUCCUCCGGUGGAUUUUUAAUUCCUCAAGCACUGUAGACUUCCCUAGUCAACCUAAAUAUCCUGGUUAAGCUAUUAACAAAAUAAAUUAAUGCUUAAAAAUGUGUUUGGGGGAAAAAUCAAUACUUAAGAAAUUAAAAUUUCACAGGAGGACUAAUCAUUUUGCCUUUGAUAAUGGAGGAUUAAUGAUUGCGACUCUUUGUUUUUAUUAUUCGACUGACAAGCAAGCGAUGCAGCACGAGUAGACAAGUCCCACUUCUGCAGAAAGUGAAUUUAAAGGUCAUUACAUUUCAAUGUUUUCCAAUGGUUUGGCAGUGUUUGUUUCGGGAACCAUUACAUCGUGUGUGUGUGUGUGUGUGUGUGUCUUGCGUCUUUUGUAAAGAGUGACCCAAACACAAAGAGGCUUUGUUUUUGGGGGUUUAAUAUUUUUGCUCCUUCACCAGGAUUUCUGGACUCGACCCUGAUGGUGAACUGAAACAAAUCAGUAGUUGGUUAUUUAUUUAUUUAUGUCUUGUUUGUUGUGCAAUAUCGUCAAGACUAAUGCUUUCGUUACCGUCGGAUUUCCUGAUACACGAGAUCUAACAUGGCAUUUAAUCUGUGAUUUGUGUACAAAUGAUUCUUCAGCUUGGUGUUGUUGUAUAUAACGUGGAUGACGGAUGCGCAGGCGGUGGGCUUCGGUGUGUUUUCUGCAGUUUUGAAGGUGUGUGUUGGUGAUUGUGGUGUAGUCAAGUGACCUUGAAUGGGCUCGUCACGUGUGUUUUUGUACAGUCCGGUUUGCGUGUUCACACAACAAAUGGAUGAGUCUUUUAUCACUGAAAGGAUUGAGAUUGUUACACAAUCCAUUCACACACACGUGUGUCCACAGCGUGCGGAUUGGGUUUUCUUGUACAAUUACUGGACAUGAAAUCCAGCAAAAUGUGCCCUGUGUUUGUAGGAAUAGGUCAAAGUGGUGCUUUUGGGGACGGAGGAGUCGUUUGGUGAAUGAACGUUCGUAUGGCAUGCUUGGAGAAGACUUUAAAGAAUAACACAAGUGUUUGUUUAGAGGUGAGCAUGGUACGGUUUUGGAGACGCACGCCAUUGUUUGUUAUAAUUGCAACACGUUUUAGCAUUUCAACCUUGUGUCCAUUCUGUCUGAAGUGAAACACCCAUGAUGCCGUUUGGUUUUGAGGUGACUGCUGGCAGGAGAGUUACACAUUGAUUUAGUUACCUUUUCUGAAGUGUCUUUACCUGUUUCUUUGCUCUAUAUUGUAUAUUCAGGGGAAUCUUACGCUUUGCUAAUUCCCCCUUUUUUUGACUCUUCUUUUGUAAACAGACUCUGGGGUUCGGGGUUAGGCGUGACUAACUUGAAGCCUAUGCACUAGGGUUUGCAUUGUACUGUAAUGAACAGUUUUGUUGUUCCUCAAAAGCUGAAUCGUGUCCUUUUGUCGGUGUGUAGCCCAAUAAAGUGUACAGGCUGAAUGAUC